GCGCCCCGGGUGCUUCCCGCCCCGGUCCGGUCCGUGUUCGCAUCACUUUGGACCGGAAGGAUGCGGCAGUGUUCCUUCUCCACUCCCCUUCUUUGGUAUACAAGAAUUAAAUUCUGAAUAAGUCUACAAGUAGGAUGGACAGUUAUUUUAAAGCAGCAGUCAGUGACUUGGACAAACUCCUUGAUGAUUUUGAACAGAAUCCAGAUGAACAAGAUUAUCUCCAGGAUGCACAAAAUGCAUAUGAUUCUAACCACUGUUCAGUUUCUUCAGAGUUGGCUUCCUCACAGUUAACUUCACUGUUACCAAAGGAUCAGAAAUGCAUUAAUUGUUGUGUCUCAUCAGAAACAUGCUAUGAAACAAAUCAGAUUUCACUGAACGAAAAAACAGAUGAGGGACUAACUUCUAUACAAAAUGAGAAAAACGUCACAGGACUUGAUCUCCUUUCUUCUGUGGAUGGUGGUGGCACUUCAGAUGAAAUCCAGCCUUUAUAUAUGGGACGAUGUAGUAAACCUGUCUGUGAUCUGAUAAGUGACAUGGGUAACUUAGUUCAUGUAACUAAUAAUGAAGAAUAUAUUAAAAAAUUAUUGCCAGAUGAUUUUAAGGCUGGUGCAGAUUCUUUGAUUGGAUUGGAUUUAUCAUCAAUGUCAGAAACUCUUUGUGUUUCAUCAACAGACCAUGGUAAUAAUGCUGUCAGAGAAGAACAAAAUUAUGUCAACUCUGAAUUACAAAAUAGAGAAAUCAGUGGAACUAACGAAUUGAAUAUUAACAUAGAUACAACUCUUUCAGAUUCAUGUAAUUAUAGUGGAAAAGAAAAUUUAAAGGAUAUAAAGAUCUCUAAUCAGUUAGAACCAGUUGAUGAUUUGAACAUGCCAUCUGCCUUGACUCAACAAAGUUCCAAAACGUUUGAUGCCAAAGACAACCUACAACACAAGAACCAGCCAUGUGAAUUAGUAAAAGCGGAUGGCUGUGUGGUAGAAGAGGAGGUACAUGUGGCGGUCAUAGCUCCCACAGAAUGUUUAAAAGAAAGAGGUAGCCUAAAUGCUUUGCCUUGCAGUCUUCCAAAAAAUGACAGUUUUUCCUUAAAUGAUUCAAAUUCAAGAGAUGAAAAUUUCAAAUUACCUGACUUCUUUCAAGAAGAUAGGACUGCUAUAUUUAUAAAACAAUCUGCAAAAGAAGACUCAAAAUUAGAUCUUAAAGAUAAUACAGAUGUAAUCCAAGAUUCUUCUUCAACUUUACAUGUUUCAAGUGAAGAUAUAUAUUCCUCAUUGUCCAGUCUUCCAGUUCCUGGGUCUUUGUGUGGAUCAUUGAUUGAAAGUAAAACACAUGGUGAUUGUUUACAUCAGGAUGAGCAUAAAGAUAAUAUACAAGAAGCAGUGGCUGCGCGUGAAGAAAUAGAGAAGAGUGUUAUUCUGGGUGGGGAACCAUUGAAGGAGACUGAUCUUUUGAAACAAGAAAAAUGUGAAAACAUACUUCCUCAGCCAUUAAUUGAAAAGGUAGGAGAUGGAAAGGCAGAUCCUGACCAGAAGGAAAUCAGAGUUGACUCUUUGGAUUACUCUGAUAACACCAGUUCUUCUACAGCAGCAGAAUCUCAAAUGGAGCUUUUGGGUGCGAAUGCCCCAGAUUCUUCCAAUCAUUGUGAAGGUCUCACUUUUUUAAGCAAUGAUAUUGAUGGACAAGACUUAGGUUACUUUAAUAUUGAUGAAGGCAUAAAAAGUGGCACACUAGUUAGUGAUGCUGAACUUGAUGCCUUUCUAACCAAACAGUAUCUUCAGACAAGUAACAUAAAGCCGUUUGAAGAAACUGUAAAUGACUCAAAAUCUCAAAUGAAUGAGAUAGAUUUGAAAAGCCUAGAUGAUGGAAAUGACAAUAAUACAUAUUUCAAUGCUGAAGCAGGAGCUACUGGGGAAAGUCCUGGUGAAACAGUUGAUAAACAAAAUACAGCAGAAAUUGGUAGCCUUUCUUUAGGGGAAAAAAGUACAAUUCCCAUUGAACAAGGGUUAGUUAGCAGUAAAUCUGAGAGUACUAGUGAAUUGUCAGUCUCUGAUUUUAACAGUCAAUCUGUUUAUGUUGGAGGGGCCAGACCUAAGCAGUUUAGUGUUCCAUCAAGAACAAGGAGUUCAAAAGAACCAAAUAAGCCAGAUGUUCCAACUGUGCCUGAAAGUGAACCCAGCCUAACCAUUGCUCCAACAACUUGUACUACAAAUUCUAUAGCUGAUCCUCAGGUUAGUUUUAACUCUAAUUACAUUGAUAUAGAAAGUAAUUUUGAAAGUGGAUCCAGUCUUGUAACUGCAAAUGAAGAAUCUCUACCUGUAAACACUUGCAAAGAAGGCUUGGUUUUGGGCCAGAAACAGCCUACUUGGGUUCCUGAUUCAGAAGCUCCAAACUGUAUGAACUGCCAAGUCAAAUUUACCUUUACAAAACGGCGGCACCACUGCCGAGCAUGUGGGAAGGUAUUUUGUGGUGUCUGUUGUAAUAGGAAGUGUAAACUGCAGUAUCUAGAAAAGGAAGCAAGAGUCUGUGUGGUCUGCUAUGAAACCAUUAGUAAAGCUCAGGCAUUUGAAAGGAUGAUGAGCCCAACUGGUUCUAAUCUUAAAUCUAAUCAUUCUGAUGAAUGUGCCACCAUCCAGCCUCUGCAGGAGACCCAGACAUCCAGUGUACCUUCUUCACCUACAACCUUACCAAUCUCAGCCCUUAAACAGCCAAGUGUUGAAGGAUUAUGUUCCAAAGAACAGAAGAGAGUAUGGUUUGCAGAUGGUAUAUUGCCCAAUGGUGAAGUUGCAGAUACAGCAAAAUUAUCAUCUGGAAGUAAAAGAUGUUCUGAAGACUUUAGUCCUCUCUUACCAGAUCUGCCCUUGGCGGUAAACACAGUGGAUCACGUCUAUUCUGCUACAGUGGAAAAACCAAACAAUGAGAUAGGAGAUAUUACAAGAACUGAGAUAAUUCAGAGUCCAAUUUCUGAGGUUUCAUCUGUGGAAAAACUGCCCAUAAGCAUGGGAACUGAGGGGUUGCCUACUUCUGGAUCUUUUACACUAGAUGAUGAUGUUUUUGCAGGAGCUGAGGAACCAUCUAGUCCUACAGCUGGUGUUUUAGUGAACAGCAGUUUACCUGUUGCUAAUACUUCAAAUUAUAGGUUACUAUGUGGUAUUGACAAGAAUGUGGGCAAUAAAAUUAGUCUUCUACCUAGUGAUGAGGACAGUUUGCCCCCUCUUCUGGUUGCAUCUGAAGAAAAGGAAUUAGUGCCUGUAGUAGAAGAACACCCAUCUCAGGAGCGGAUCAUUUUGCUUCUUGAAGACAAAGCUUUUCAUCCUGUUACAUUUGUCCUAAAUGCUAAUCUACUCGUUAAUGUCAAGUUAGUAUUUUAUUCCUCAGACAAAUAUUGGUACUUCUCAACCAAUGGAUUGCAUGGCUUGGGACAGGCAGAAAUUAUUAUUCUAUUGUUAUGUUUGCCAAAUGAAGAUACUAUUCCUAAGGACAUCUUCAGACUAUUUAUCUCCAUAUAUAAAGAUGCUCUAAAAGGAAAAUACAUAGAAAACUUGGACAAUAUUACCUUUACCGAGAGUUUUCUCGGUAGCAAGGACCAUGGAGGAUUCCUAUUUAUUACACCUACUUUUCAGAAACUUGAUGAUCUCCCCUUACCAAGUAAUCCUUUUCUUUGUGGAAUUCUUAUCCAGAAGCUAGAGAUUCCCUGGGCAAAGGUUUUCCCUAUGCGUUUAAUGCUGAGAUUGGGUGCGGAAUAUAAAGCAUACCCUGCUCCUCUAACAAGUAUCAGAGGCCGAAAACCUCUUUUUGGAGAGAUAGGACACACUAUAAUGAACUUACUUGUUGUAAUGAAAGUAAUAAAUUCUUCUAAUGAGCAUGUCAUUAGCAUUGGAGCUAGUUUUAGUACAGAAGCAGAUUCUCAUCUAGUCUGUGUACAGAAUGAUGGAGUUUAUCAAACACAGGCCAAUAGUGCCACUGGCCACCCUAGAAAAGUGACAGGUGCAAGUUUUGUAGUUUUCAAUGGAGCUCUAAAAUCAUCUUCAGGAUUUCUUGCUAAGUCCAGCAUAGUUGAAGAUGGCUUAAUGGUGCAAAUAACUCCAGAGACCAUGGAUGGCUUGCGGUUAGCUCUGCGAGAACAAAAAGACUUUAAGAUCACAUGUGGGAAAGUUGAUGCUGUAGACCUGAGAGAAUUUGUGGACAUCUGCUGGGUAGAUCCUGAAGAAAAAGGAAACAAAGGUGUUAUUAGUUCCGUGGAUGGAAUAUCGUUACAAGGAUUUCCAAGUGAAAAAAUAAAACUGGAAGCAGAUUUUGAAACUGAUGAGAAGAUUGUAAAGUGUACUGAGGUGUUCUACUUUCUAAAGGACCAGGAUGUAUCUAUUUCAGCAACUCGUUAUCAGUUUGCAAAAGAAAUAGCCAUGGCUUGUAGUGCUGCACUGUGCCCUCACCUGAAAACUUUAAAGAGUAAUGGGAUGAAUAAAAUUGGCCUCAGAGUUUCCAUUGACACUGAUAUGGUUGAAUUUCAGGCAGGAUCUGAAGGCCGACUUCUUCCUCAGCAUUAUCUAAAUGAUCUUGAUAGUGCUCUAAUACCUGUGAUCCAUGGUGGAACAUCCAACUCUACUAGUUUACCAUUAGAAAUAGAAUUAGUAUUUUUCAUUAUAGAAAAUCUUUUUUAGUGAAAAGAUAUUAGUGAAUCAUGUUAUUUAUAUUGCAAACUGAUUUGUUAAAACUAACUCCAGCACUAAACCUAAAAUGCCACAAACACUAAAAGUAAAUAUGUUUAAUGUUUGAAACACAUAGAAGUUUUGCUUUAUAGGCCGGAAUGAUCUUUUUAAAAUCAUUAGCACAAUUUCAAUCUCUAAAAACUUAAUGCGAUCCAGUUUUUGAAGAUUUACACUUAAAAAAUACUAAAAAGACAAGGAUAACUUCUUUCUUCAAGAAAUUUGUAGCAUUUAUUGUGUUAUUUAAAUGCUAUGCCAAAGUAUCUGCAUUUAGUAAUACCUCUUUAUGCCAAGAUCGAUUUUAAUGAAGGCUCUUUUUCAGAUGUAACCUUAUAAAGGGAAAUAUCUGUUUUCUGUAUAUGCCAGUUAGAUUGCUGUUUUCUAAAGUCUGUUAAAAAUAUACUUCAAUAGCACAGACCAGUUUCCAUAUUAGACUUAAUAUGAUGUUCUUUGAAUAAGGCAGACAACUUAUUUGUAUAAUUGGAGUGGAGACCUACCUCCGUGACUAGAUAAACUCUGAUUGUUUGGAUUAAAAUCAGAAUUUUCCUUUUUUCUCCUCAAAUUAUUCCAUAUAUGGUUUUCUCUUGAUUAAAUGGGUAUUCUUAAAAUAACUGUGGGUGCUUCAGGAUUCUGUGCUUCUGUAAUUUAAGUAUAUUGUUUUUAUAGCGAGAACAUGUGAUUUGGUAUGUGUUUUAUAACUCUUUAAUAAUUUAUAAAUAGGCAAUAUUUUUGUAUUGCAGUAUAUUAUUUUUCCUCCUUUCUUUCCAAAUGUACCACUGUAUUUGCCACUUAUAUAAAAAGUGAUUGACGACAGGCCAGAUGACCCUUGAAAUAGUUAUUAUGUAGCAAUAAAUGAAGCAUGAAACAGAUUUUUAUUACUUUGCCUUUAAACCUUACAAGUUUCUUGGCAAGUUCACAUGUUUUCAUUGACACUAAUGUAUUUAUUAUAAACUUUAAUGAACUAAUUACUUUUGCAUAUUUUAAAUUCUUUAUAUGGUAGUUAUUUUUUAUAACAGAAUAUUAACAUAAGUUAAAUUCUAUGUAUUUAAAACUAUUACAGAACUUUCCUCUUUACUUCAAACAGCAAAAUAAGAAAUGUUGUGUUGAAAAAAGAGUAAUGAGUGUAUUGUUAGUUAGUCCUGUCAUUUAAGUUAUAUAAAAUAUAAUCAUAUUUUGAUGCUUUUUUUAUUCUUAAGUGGAAUAUAUAUGUUUUUGUAUAAAAGACUUGUAUAUCUCAAGAAAAAGAAAUUAUACUAAAGAGCCCUGUUUUAAGAAAAAUAUUUAGGAAGUAUCUUAACUUGAAGACCAAAAAACGGUUAAACUCAGGAACUGAGGUCUUAGGUUAGGAGAGGCUAAGAAUUUUAAUCAGAUUGGUCAUAUGGUUCCUACUAAAUCACAUCUGUAGUACUAGCCAAAGACAGUAUGGAGGAGAAUAUCAGUCAUAUGGGAGUAGCUACUUCAAAAACAGUGUGAAAUGUUGCAAAUAUUAAAUAAAAUAACACAUAACUUGUGAAA